AUGCAGCUCUCUCUCGCCCUGUGUCUCGUCUGCCUGCUGGUACACGCAGCCUUCCGUGUGGUGGAGGGCCAGGGGUGGCAGGCCUUCAAGAAUGAUGCCACGGAGAUCAUCCCCGAGCUGGGCGAGUACCCCGAGCCUCCGCCAGAGCUGAACAACAAGACCAUGAACCGGGCAGAAAACGGAGGGAGGCCUCCCCACCACCCCUUUGAGACCAAAGACGCUUCCGAGUACAGCUGCCGCGAGCUGCACUUCACCCGCUACGUGACGGACGGGCAGUGCCGCAGCGCCAAGCCGGUCACCGAGCUAGUGUGCUCGGGCCAGUGUGGCCCGGCGCGCCUGCUCCCCAACGCCAUCGGCCGCGGCAAGUGGUGGCGCCCGAGCGGGCCCGACUUCCGCUGCAUCCCCGACCGCUACCGCGCGCAGCGGGUGCAGCUGCUGUGUCCCGGCGGCGCGGCACCGCGCGCGCGCAAGGUGCGCCUGGUGGCCUCGUGCAAAUGCAAGCGCCUCACCCGCUUCCACAACCAGUCUGAGCUCAAGGACUUCGGGCCCGAGGCCGCCCGGCCACAGAAGGGCCGGAAGCCGCGGCCCCGCGCCCGGGACGCCAAAGCCAACCGGGCGGAGCUGGAGAACGCCUAUUAGAGCCCGCCCGCCGUGCCGCGCCCCCAGCGGGCGCUCCCGACCCAGGCGCCCCAGGUUUCCUCCCCUUGUGCGCGCGGUUUGAUCGUUUGUGUUUCACUUUAAAUACCUGCAACCCAGGGCCGGGGGCUGAAACCUUCCCGGCUGCAGGCCCUGGGGAUCCGGGUGUCAGCAAAGCGCCCCCCCCACCCCCGCCUGCAGAGGGGGUCCCCAGGGGCAUGGGAGGAAGCUGAGAGUCACAGACACUGAG